ACCAAUUUAUAAAUAUUGUUAAAACCAAUUUAUAGGCUACCUUAUACGUCAGAUAAGUUGGCAAUUUAUAAUACAUCGUAAGGUACUCACUUAGUUCAGUUAGCAAAGAACUACCAUUUUUAAACUCAUACUUAUCAUGAUACUCGUAGACUGCUUUUUACUAACAUUAAAAUUUUUGCAGGUCGAGAGUUUACAAUUCGAGGUGGAAUAUGUACUGGAUAUUUUUAGUAUGGCUUUUCUUCUAACAGGACUUUCGAAUCCUAUUCUAAUUGCGGUCGAAUAAGGUGGGGUACUUCCCAGUUGGGAUCCGAAUUCUAGCCAGACGAUAUUUCCCCAUGUCUGAAACUUAACUAAGACAAACACCCCGAUCUCUUAACGUAUUACCCCAUAAGUCCAUAUUAAAUACGCAAAUAAUAGUCAAAGAUAAUGAUUAAAUUGCUCUGUAUAAUCUGUAUUAAACAACCCACAGUAACGUACGAAUGUUGUAGUGUGGAGUCGAGUAAUCGAGCAUUUCCAGGCUGCAAGUUGGCGCGAGCGCAUCAGGUGCGCGGGCGCAAUGGACAGAGUCACGUUCAAAGUCAACGGCGAGCCAUGCUCAGUGAGUUCGGAGGUAGACUCGGACACCUCGGUGCUCGACUAUGUGCGUGACACUCUGAACUUCCAUGGCACCAAGUUCAUGUGCAAAGAGGGUGGCUGUGGAUCAUGCAUCGUCAACGUCACCAUUCCGGACCCCUACACUGGAGGCCGACGAACUAUGGCUAUCAAUUCUUGUUUAGUAUCAAUAACGUCAUGCCAAGACUGGGAGAUCAAAACUGUAGAGGGGAUCGGCGACCGCCGAAAAGGGUACCACCCCGUCCAACGUGCGCUAGCAGAACAUAAUGGCACACAAUGCGGGUUCUGCAGCCCUGGCUGGGUUAUGAGUAUGUUCAGCUUGUUGGAGUCAAACCAUUACGAUCUCACCCAGUUACAGAUAGAACAAUCAUUCGGUAGUAACAUAUGUCGUUGCACCGGCUAUCGUCCCAUCCUUGACGCGUUCAAGACCUUCGCAAAAGACGCACCAAAACCUGAUCAUCUCGCUGAUAUAGAAGACCUCAAAAUAUGUAACAAAUCUUGUGACAAACCAUGCGAUGGCAAAGAUUGGUGUUUAGUUGACAAAGAUAGUGCUGCAACUAAGGAAAUGAAGAAGAUUAUUUUAAAAGAUAAACGGUUAUUUUAUAUAGUCCAUGAUCUCAAGCAAAUUUUUGAGAUUUUAAAUAAUGAAGGCGAUGAUUAUAUGUUAAUUGGAGGAAACACCGGGAAAGGGGCCUACCCAAUAUUCGCAUAUCCACGUGUCCUCAUAGACAUAAGCAGAGUUCUGGAACUAAAGACGCACGUCGUGGAUCAGAACUUGGUACUGGGAGCUGCGACUACCCUGAAUGACACGAUAUCGAUAUUCUACGAGAUCUCACAUCAACGCGAGGAAUUCAGUUAUCUUGCUUUGCUUGCCGACCAUAUAACAUUAGUCGCUCACAUUGCUGUUAGAAAUAUAGCCACCAUAGCUGGCAACCUCAUGGUUAAACACAGAGUGCCCGUGUUCUCGUCUGACUUAUUCUUACUGUUGGAGACUAUUGGAGCUGUUCUUGUUAUCGUUGACAAACACGGAAUGGUACAUUUGGUGACCCCAGCUGAGUUCCUUCACCUGGAUAUGGCGGGCAAACUUAUUACAGAAAUCAGGAUACCACCAUACUCACAUAAUUAUCGUUUUGUUUCAUUUAAGAUCAUGCCGCGCGGUCAGAGCGCGCAUGCGCAAGUUAACGCGGCGUUUCUCUACGAGUUCCAUCAUGAUAGCGAGACCGUGCGCUCGGCCAGGAUCGUCAUCGGAGGAAUCUCGGCUACCUUCGUGCACGCUUCGCGCACUGAGGAGUACGUGGUCGGCAAGAAAAUCUUCACAGAUGAGGUACUGCAAGGAGCGCUGAAGGUGUUGGAACAAGAACUGAAGCCUGAGGAAAUAGCCGGAGAAUUCAAACCUGAGUAUAGAAAAAAGUGUGCUUUAGGACUUUUCUAUAAGGGUCUUCUGAUUCUGAUUCCUGAGAACCGACUGAACCCUCGUUAUCGCUCGGGGACGCGACGCUUUCGAAGGACGAGACCUUUGUCCAAAGGAUCCCAAGAAUAUGAUACCAAUCCCCUCAUCUGGCCUAUUACGGAACCUUCACCUAAGGUGGAGGCAUUGAUUCAAUGUGCAGGAGAAGUAAAAUACGUGAACGACCUACCAACACAGCCUCGCGAGGUUUUCUGCGCAUUCGUCACCUCAGACAUAUGCACCGGAGAGAUCCUGGAAAUUGACCCUACACCCGCGUUGAAACUACCCGGUGUCGUUGCUUUUUUCUCGGCGAAAGACAUACCGGGACCGAACAAUUUUCUUCCACCUCGGGUACCGACACUUAUAAUGAGAGAAGAAAUUUUUUGCGAUAGACAGAUAAAGUAUUACGACCAACCCAUCGGAGUUAUAGUCGCAGAAACUGACAAACUAGCUAACCGGGCUGCUUUGCUUGUCCACGUCAAAUAUAAGAAAGAUGCCAGAAAACCAGUUUUAACUAUAGCAGAAGCUAUAAAAGAUCCUAAUAGGGUAUCAUUAUACUAUGCCCUACCAGCCCGUAACGCCGGCACAAAUGUGCAACGAGUUAUUAAGGACUAUAACAGGAUAUUAUAUCAGUACCACUUCUCAAUGGAGACGCUUCACAGCGUGACCAGACCUAGUGACGAUGGUCUGGACGCAUACAUCAGCUCGCAGUGGGCUGACGCCGUACAAACUGGCAUGGCGUCCGCUCUGGACAUUCAAUCAAAUCGAAUAAACCUAGUGAUACCUCGGUGCGGUGGUGCAUACGGGUUGAAGCUAACUCGACCUGGGUGGAACGCGGCAACUUGUGCAUUGGUCACUUAUCUGACGAAUCGACCCUGUCGCUUUACCAUGGGCAUCCAGCCCAUGAUGAGAGUUAUAGGGAAGAGGCCUCCGGCAACUCUAGAAUUCGAGGUGGGAGUUGAUGACAGAGGUGAGAUCCAGUACCUGGAAUACCAUUUGUACGAGGACCUAGGCUACACGUUCAGUGACCAGUUCAUCAUUCUAAUACCAUCUGCUAUUAAAAACUGCUACGAGAAUUCACGCUGGUCAAUGAAGAUUUUUAAUGUAUUGACAGAUAAAGCUACCUCCACGUGGAUGAGGUCACCAGGCAAUUUUGAAGCAAUUUCACAUACCGAAAUGAUGAUGGAAGAAAUUUCUUACGUACUAGACAGGGACCCCGCGGAGGUUCGUCGUGCCAAUCUUAACCCUCAAUAUCCGGAAGUCCCGGAAAUGCUCGACGAAUUGUUGCAAGAGAGAGAAUAUUAUAGAAGAAAAAGAGAAGUUGACGAAUUCAACUCCAGAAACCGUUGGAAAAAAAGAGGAAUACGAAUUUCCGCCAUGAGUUGGAGUGCCAGCAUUAAUUCAGGAUUUCAAGUUGAUAUAAAUGUUUUACAUAGUGAUGGUACUGUAAUUGUAAAGCAUGGUGCCAUUGAGAUCGGUCAAGGUGUUAAUACUAAAAUGAUCCAGGUAGUCGCAUACACUUUAAAUAUUUCUACAGACAUGGUGAAAGUGAAACCAAGCGAUUCAGCAACUGCAAAUAGUUACUUAGCUGGCACGAGUAGAGCUACAUCCUCGGUGUGUUUUGGAGCUAUUAAAUGUUGUCAGGUACUGCUUGAUAGGUUAUCGGCUAUCAGAGAUACGCUGAACAACCCUACUUGGGCAUUAUUGGUGCAAACCGCAUUUCUAGCGGGAAUCAAUCUUCAAACAAGUUAUUACACGACAUCAAACGACUUGGUAAUCUAUAGAGUGGGAGGAGUUGCUAUGGCUGAGGUGGAGUUAGAUAUACUUACAGGAGAGCAUGAGAUAAGGAGAGUCGAUAUAAUUGAAGACGCUGGAACACCGGUCAAUCCGGAACUUGAUAUUGGACAGAUCGAAGGUGCAUUUAUCAUGGGCAUGGGCUACUGGACCACAGAGCACAUCAUAUACGACGAACACACCGGAGAGCUCCUCACGGACCGCACGUGGUUCUACCAUGUGCCGAGUUGGGCCGAUAUACCUCUCGAUUUCAGGACCAAGUUGAGGAAAAAUUCUUACAACCCCAGAGAAGUUUUAGGAGCUAAAGCGGUUGGAGAACCUGCCACAUGCUUGUCGAUAUGCGUGGCGUUUGCUCUGAGAGAAGCUAUAGCAGCAUCGAGGCAGGAGACUGGAUAUCCCCGCACGGAGUGGUUCCAUGUCGAUGGCCCGUUCACAUUGGAAGCAAACGUGCUGUCAGCAGACGUGCGACUCGAUGAAUUCAAAUUCAAAUAACAACUGUUUAACAGCAUAAUGAUGUUUACAAGCCUAGCCUUUUUUAUAAUGUAAUAAUAUAGCAAGUAAUGAUUGGAUUAAAUUAACAUACCCUGAAUUCUACCCUGAUUAUAAAAUGUAUUUAGCACAUAUUGUAUGUUAUAAAUACAAAUUAUUCAUUUAUUGCGGAGCCAGAGUCAGGGACUUGCCUACACGCGUUGCCAUUGCCCCACUUAGGAACGUUGCUAGACAAUGACACUGUGGAUAAGUGUUGGAAGUAAGGUAUGUGAGCCCACAGAUAUCCUUGUGGGGCAAUGGUGGAAUUUAAUGAGCACCACGGUCUCAGUUGUGUGCAGUGUGUGAGACGAAUACCUAGGCACCAAGCUAUUAACGAGCUGCGUCGAUGUGCUUUGGUCUCAUUAAACAUACCUUGUAUUUUGGAACACCCUGGUUUAAGCCGUACAGAUAGAAAGAGGCCGGGCGGUUUCAGGGCCGGAUUUAGGGGAGGGCUACCGGGGCUACAGCCCCGGGGCCUCCGCAAAAGGGGGGCCCCCAGACUUCGGAAAAUUUACCAUUUUAUUUGGAAAAUAAUUUGGGGCCAGGAGGCCUCCACUACUUUAUUGCCCGAGGCCUCCAGACCUUUAAAUCCGGCAUUGGGCGGUCUAACUCCGGUGGGCAAAAGGCCGGAGCCUGCUGUGGGAUGCCACAUGUGGGUAUACUUUUGCUCCCACUCAUGUCCGCAACACAAGCAAAAAGGCAGGUGCAGCAACUGAGGCUACUAAGUUCAAUCACGGCAGAUACGCCAACCCUUAGACCAGUGUAUGAUUUUAUUCCGGUCGCUGUAGAAACGGCUGGGCCAUGGUCUGCCGAGGCCAAGGCGCUGGUUAGGGAGAUUGGAAGCCAGUGGAGGGACAGAGGCUGUGACCCCCGGGCUGGACCUUAUCUGGUCCAACAAAUAUCCUUAGCCAUUCAGCGUGGCAACGUCAUAUUUGGAACGGCUUAAAAGUUAAUUUUUGACGGGGCUAGUUUGUGGGGUAUUUUUCUCUUAUUUCUGCAUUAAUAUAUAAUAUGCUAGUAUUAACACUAUUUUAGUUUUUAGUUGGUUUUAUUUUAAUCCACUGUUUCUGUAUAUAUUAUGUUGUAAAUGAUUAUCAAGAAUAAACAUUUUGGACGUAUCUCAAUUAUUUAUCAUCAAACAAUAGUUACAUGAUCGGUUAAGCCGCUUUUAAGUUUUUGUGAUCUGUUAUUAACUAAUUUAAAAUAUAACUAAAUAUGAAGAACAAUAAUUGUAAGUAGCGACGGAAAAAAAAAACUUAUUCACAAAUAUUGAAGUCGCGGGGCAACACAUUAACUUUAUAUCAACAUGUAUUUUCGACAUUCCUUCAAUUAAAUUUCACAAUAAUAUAUAUUACGUAUCCACCAGUACCGAUUAAGUUGGUACUAGGAACAGUAUUUCCCGAGAGAUCCGUCCCAUUCCAUGGUUACCAAAAGAAAGAGCUA